AUGGCUUACACAUGGAGAACGUGACUAGGUGGAUAAACAUUGGCAGGACAUUGUGAGGGGGAGCAAAAGGAAAAGGAAAAAAUAUAUAAAGAUAAGCCCUGCCUUCUCAACACUUUAGCUUAUUUAAACUCGCAAAAGCUAUUUGAAUCAAAAACAGAAGGACUCUGUGCCCGUAAACGGAUCAUAUACAGGACUGUAUGAUUAAGGAUUUGGGUGAACUAGGCAUUUAAUCAUGGAGGAAAACUACAGCAGUCUACAUGAGUUCACAGAGGAUUGUCAUUCAACCAGAGGAAACAAACCUAUACUUUACACAUCACACAACGGACAAGCAGCCGGUUCUCUUAAGAGAGUGGAUUGUAUGAGGAGACAGAUGGUGAUUCUCCUGAUCGUCACACUGCUCGUUUCGUUUUGUGUUAACAUAGGACUGACUGUUUUCUUGGUUAAAAGGAAACCCAGCAGCCCCCCCUGCGUGGAGACUACCGAAAGUCCGCUCUCUGAGUCACAUAUUCAGUCUCUAAAACUGUCGUCCCUGCAGGAGCGCUUCUCACGCCUCUGCUCCCAUUACACCGCCCUCGCAAAGACCUGUUCAGCAGAAGUGAAGCAGUGCAUGCCGUGUCCUGAUGGCUGGAGACAUAUAGAAGACAAGUGCUACUUCUUUAGUGAUGACAAACUAGACUGGGUCAGCAGCAAGCAGAGCUGUGCGUCAAUGGGCAGCCAGCUAACAAUACUUCACACACAUGAGCAACAUCUUGCUCUGGAGAAAAUAGCCCGCAGUUUGAGUGGGUUUGACUACUAUUACUGGAUCGGCCUGUCAGACAUUGAUGAUGAAGGCGUGUGGAAAUGGGUGGAUAACUCACCAGUCAAUAAAACGUACUGGAAUGAAUGGGACGGAGAGCCCAAUAACCACCAGUCCGGAGGGCUUCACGGCGAGGACUGUGCCGUGCUGAAUUCUCACUCGAAAUCUUGGUAUGACGUUCCUUGUGACCACAUCUACAAACACAUCUGUGAGAUGGACGCCAUUGCUGUGAUCUGAUUCACAGUGCCAUUAAAUAUAGAAAAAAUAUAUUUUUUCUGCAAAAACACUGAAUAUAAAUAUGUUUUUUAAAUGGAAGGAAAAAACUGUUUUGUCCUUUGUAUACUUCUGAAUGUGUGUUUUGUACCUUUGUGCUUAUCCUUCAAAAAUAAAGUGAUUUGUGUCUGUAAAUAAAGGUUGCAACACUGAAUAAGG